AUGGCGGGCAUCCAUCGCCCGAAAGAACAAACGCCUGCGAAGAAGAGGCCUGAUGAUUUCCGCGUCUUCUUGAGCAACCUCAAUAGACAAUAUGGCCUUGGCAUUCACGCCUCAGACUCGAAACUGACAGCCCGCGAGCGCCGGACAAAUGCAGAUUCUGACCCCCAGGCUGAACGUGUAGGGAAGAUUCAGGAGCGCUUGCGCUAUCUGUUUUUCAAGGAACGGACUGUCCUCCAAGGGAUCCUGGAUCAACUACACGGGUGUGCCGCCAACCCCUCCAAUACUCAGCUGCACGAAGGUGGCGCCUUCCUCGGGACGCUUUCACUGCCGCAGGAGCCUUCUACCACUCAAGUUGGUCCGAAUACGGAGACCGAGUUUCUGCAGACGACCCUCUACAACCUCCUGUCUCAAGCCUGGAAAGUCCACGGGCCGCUUGAACGCUCUUUCGGCACCAUCCACAAAGCGUGGGCAAUCGCCAUCAGAGCCAAUGCGGCUCAGCCAUCUUUGAAGCUGUUCUCCCGUCUAGCCCUGAGUCUUAGCCGAACCUACCCAACCAUUGUCUUUGAGCCUGGCCAGAUUAUUCACCAUGCGGAGGACAUAUGUUCGAAGUCGGGAAAGGUUAUGAACGACGGCGUUGCUGAAAUGUCACCCAAAGCAGCGAAAGUCAUAGCCGAGUAUCUGGGCCUGACCGACACGCCUAGCGCCUACCAAGGGCGGUUCGGAAGCGCCAAAGGAGUUUGGAUCGUUGGCACCGACCCGGACAACAGAGAUGACUUCGAGAUCGACACAUAUCCAUCGCAACGCAAAUGGGAGUGCGACUUUUGGGACGAGGAUCACCGUACGUUCGAAGUCAAGACGGAGGCUCGGCCACUCAGGGCUGCCAAUCUGAAUAUGCAAUUCAUCCCAGUGCUCGUCAAUGGAGACGUCAAGCGAGGAACAGACAAACACCGGAUGCGCAACGCUAUAGCUGGAUGCCUGCGGACGACCUUGAAAGAAGAGCUUGCACGCCAGCGCUCAUCCAUGAACGAUCCUGUACAGUUUCGACAAUGGAUCCACGAAAACUUCUUCCAGGGCUACCGUAGUGACCGCGUAAGGGACCAGAAUAUUCGCUUCCUUGCCGGACUGCCCGACAACGAGGCUGAACGGGUCAAUAUGCUGCUCGAUGCUGGAUUCCGGCCCAAGAAACUCUCAUUUCUCCGAGAGGUGUCGUAUAAAAUGGCGUUUCGCAAAUGCGAACUGCUGAAAUCCAAGAUGAAUAUCAAAGUUGGAUGCUCCACAUACGCUAAGAUGGUCGUUGACUUUAAAGGUGUUCUCGAGGAAGGAGAGAUUCAUCUCGGAUUUUCGACGAAAUUCAUGGACCCCGACGGACAGUUUUCUGAUACGCUUCUCCAUGGGAUGGACGUCCUGGUGGCAAGAGCGCCGGCCCAUUUCCCCAGUGAUAUCCAGCGUGUUAGGGCAGUCUUCAGACCGGAGCUUCGCCAUCUGAAAGACGUCAUUGUAUUUUCAAUCAAGGGUGAUAGUCCCCUGGCUGAUUUGCUCUCAGGCGGAGACUACGACGGCGACCAGGCCUGGGUUUGUUGGGACCCAGCGAUUGUCAACAGCUUUCAAAACGCCGCAUACCCUGUUGUUCCGGACUUGUUCGCGCUUGGCUACCUCGAGAAGCGCAAGGGAACAUUUCAAGAUCUGGUCCAGAAUAACUCUAGCAACAUGGACCGGGCUGUGGCUGAGUUUAUGUACGAGAGCUUCACAUUCAACAUGAAAGAACAGUUCCUCGGCAUCUGCACGGCCUACAAAGAAAGACUGUGCUAUGGAUACAACGGAAUCGACAACAACGAUGCCGUUGUACUUUCGCAUCUUGUGGGCAACCUGGUCGACCAGGCCAAGCAAGGCAUUGUCUUUGGUCGGGACCAGUGGGUUCGCUUCUGCAAAGGACUGCUCAAAAAUGGGUUGCAGAACCUCCCCGAACCACGUUACAAGGCUGAAACUGGUGUCAAUCACAACCAAAGGUCCUCAGAGGACGGGAAACUUGACGAGGAACAUGUUCUGGACUAUCUCAAGUUCCGUGUGGCUCUACCUCUGGUCGACCAAGAGAUGGAGGCUUUCAACAGCAUGCUCGGAAAUGAGGCUGUCACCUUUGAUAAGGACCUCUUGGGGCCGUUUGACGAUUUUGAAAGGCUCAUGCAGACAUCCAUGCCCCUGGGUGCGAAGAAGGCAGAGCCGUCUAGCUUCAAGGUGAUCAAUGAUUACCUCACAACUGAAAUAAGAAACAUCAGGCAGCAGUGGAGCAAUAUUCCCAAAGCCGGGGGUAAGUACACUGAGGCGGUACAGGCGAUACACAAUCAGUGGCAGUCCCUCGCAGUGCCUGAGAGUGCCUCCGGAAACGACAAAUUGAAGAUAUACCUGGCUGCUGGCUCGUCGGCCCCGCCGUUUGAUACAUGGGCACUCCUCAAGGCGUCGACGACAUUCAAGGAGUACUACAGGUCCUCGAGUUCCUUCGUCUGGAAUAUCGCUGGACGACAGUUGGCGUGGAUCAAGGCAUCGUCUCGUACGGAGGGCCCAGCAGGUCCUGUUGCAGUGACGUCGUCAAUGUACGCGAUAUUACGGCCAGAUUCCGGACUAGUCAAAGGCAUAAUGGCAAAGAAGUGCUCGGCCGACGGCCAGAGCGUGGUACUCGACGACGUUGAGUAUGACGAGGACGGUACGCAGAUAGACGAUACCUAG